AGCAGCCCAACCAGCGGGAGCCCCACCCCCUAUUUCUCUCUCCUCCCCGUCCUCCUCCUCCGCUUCUCCUCCCGUCCCCUCCGACCCCUCGCCUCGCCUCGCACCUCCUCCUCCUCUUCUUCUUCUCUCUCCCUCUCGCUCUCUUGUCGGCAGCAAGAGGGAAGGGCGGAGGAGGGGGGCGCGCGAUGGCGGCGUCGAUGGCGUCGCCGCGGGGGCGGUCGAUCCGGGAGACGGUGCUGGAGACGGUGGCGGCGUACCACCACCAGCAGAGGAUGAGGCGCAAGUUCAGGAAGAGCCUCUCCUACGCCGGGGAGCUCUCCUCGGCGGGGGGCGCGCGCGGGGAGGGCGGGAUGAUGGGCCCCUCCUCGUCGGCGUCCACCACCUCGCUCUGCGGGCCCGACGAGGACGACGAGCCCUUCUGGGAGGAGGAGGAGGGCACCGUCGAGCUCGUGCAGCUCGGGGCCAACCGGGCUAAGAACGUGCUCAUCCUCAUGAGCGACACCGGCGGCGGCCACCGCGCCUCCGCGGAGGCCAUCAAGGACGCCUUCCGCAUCGAGUUCGGCGACGACUACCGGGUCUUUGUCAAGGAUCUGUGCAAGGAUCACGCGGGGUGGCCGCUGAACAACAUGGAGAGCUCGUACAAGUUCAUGGUGAAGCAUGUGCAGCUCUGGAAGGUGGCCUUCCACACCACGUCGCCUAGAUGGGUCCAUUGCUUCUACCUCGCCGCCCUCGCCUCAUUCUAUGCCAAGAAGGUUGAGGCUGGACUCAAGAAGUACAAGCCAGAUAUUAUAAUUAGUGUCCACCCCCUCAUGCAACACAUUCCUCUAUGGGUACUCAAAUGGCAAGGGCUACAAAAUAGAGUGGUCUUCGUCACUGUCAUCACAGACCUCAACACUUGCCACCCUACAUGGUUCCAUGCUGAUGUCAAUAGAUGUUACUGCCCAUCAGAAGAAGUUGCGAAGAGAGCAGCACUGGAUGACCUACAACCUUCUCAAAUCCGUGUGUUUGGUCUUCCGAUUCGACCAUCAUUCUGCCGGGCAGUUCUUGUUAAGGAUGAUUUGAGGAAGGAACUUGAAUUGGAUCCUGAACUGCCAGCAGUAUUGCUGAUGGGAGGUGGAGAGGGCAUGGGUCCUGUCAAGAAGACUGCAAGAGCUCUUGGGGAGUCGUUAUUUGACAAGGAGCUUGGAAAACCAAUUGGGCAGCUGAUUGUCAUUUGUGGUCGGAACAAAACAUUGAGCGCCUCAUUGCAAGCUCUUGAAUGGAAAAUACCAAUAAAGGUUAGGGGAUUUGAGACCCAGAUGGAGAAAUGGAUGGGGGCUUGUGACUGCAUUAUAACAAAGGCUGGACCAGGUACCAUCGCUGAAGCCUUGAUUAGGGGGUUGCCUAUCAUCCUUAAUGACUUCAUACCUGGACAGGAAGUUGGCAAUGUCCCUUAUGUUGUGGACAACGGUGCUGGUGUCUUCUCCAAAAGUUCCAGGGAAACUGCUAAACUUGUUGCCCGCUGGUUUGGUCCAGAUUCUGAUGAACUGAAGAGGAUGUCAGAAAAUGCAUUGAAAUUGGCUCAGCCAGAAGCGGUGUUUGAUAUUGUCAGAGACAUCCAUGAGCUAUCUCGGGAGCAAGGGGUGAUCUCACAGAUAUCCAGUUCCUUGACAUCAUCCUUUUUCAUACCAUCGCCAGAAACCACACCUAUACAACUUAUGUGAAAAAUCUGUGAAUAGCUAGAACUGCAUUCUUUGACUUGUGAAAUUUGCCUUUGUCCUAAAAUGUCCUGAAAAGUGUAAAAAUGGUGUCAAGCGAUUUAGCAGGUCUGUUUCAUCUCUCCCAUGGCGUUGGGAUUGGAUAAGCAGGAUUUCCACUGCUUUCAGUGGGUGGUUGCUCAUGGUAGUUAUGGGCUUGUUUGACUGACAGCUGCUCCUGUGUAAUAUGGUGCUCAUAUUCAGUUUGUUGUUAAAA